AACGGCCACUUGUAGCAUUUGGGAGACGCAUUUUUAUCAAGUCGGACGUUUAUUUAACAAUUGUCGCGUAUGUUCAGUAUUUGUGGUGUUUUGGAGAUAUCUGAUAUUUCUCUGGAGUUUGCCUGCUUCUUUGUUGUAAUAAAUACCAUAUCGAUGAGAAUAAUUCAGUGGUUGUUUAAUUCAGACUGGUUUGUUGUGUGGACUCGCUGUCGUUGAAGGUAGGGACAGUGGUUUGGUUUACAUAUAAAGAGAAAACAUGCUAAAAUAAAAUACAAAACUAAUUUCAUAAUUUAGAAAAAAAAAAAGUUUACAUUUUGUUUUUCAAGUGGUAGUAAUGUUUCUUUCAAUGUUUGGUUUUUAAGACAAACGAAUUGUAAUAAAUAGAAUUUUUAAAUUAUAGUGUGCAAAAAUAAUACCUAAAAUUUUUAAUGACAAAGCGGUCAAUCCUUUUCCUAUCCCUGAUCAGUUGGGAAUUGAUAAUAUUAAAUUUAAAGAGCAAUAGUAAAAAGUAUUAAAUGUGUCACCAAAUAGUGUUGGCCUGAAGUAGGUUUAUUAAAUGAAUGAAAUAGCGAAACGAGGUAUGUGGAAGCUUGAAAUAAGAUAACAGGACAAAAAACAAGGACGUUUCGGCAUAAAGCCUUCCUCAGCCAACAAUUGAAAUGAAAAUAUAACAAAGAAAAGAGCACAGUUGACAACUCCAGCAGUAUUCAUUCGUGUCUCCGGAAGUGGGAAAACAGGAAGCGAGAGAAUAUAAAUAUUGACACUGUGAAAAAUUAAGUCCACAAUAAUAAUGGACCAGAAUAUCCAGGGAUACAUCAACACACAGCAAUAAGAAAAUAGAUGAAAUAUAGGGAAAUAUAUUAUUUGAUUAAUGCCAUAUGGAGAUAUGGUGCCAAACAGCUGAAUAAAUUUAUUUUCCAUUUUAACCCUAUCUGAUGUGUUACUGCAUGAAAUCAGUGCCGUUUAUUACGCUGUCUCACCAGGAUCGAUUUCAAAUAGGAAAGAUGUGCGAUCAAACAAGUAUCUUACAAACAAACGGAGAUCAAGAAGUUUUUUUUCUCUCCCAUAUUUAAACUAUGUUCUGAUUGUGUUAUUUUAAAUAUAUCAAAAGUUUGCAUUUGUUCAAAGGUUUCUCAAAGAAAAAAAAAAGAAAAUAUAAAUAAAUUUAUACAUUUUCUCAAAUGAAUUAAAAGGAGCAGAUAUUUUUUUCUUCGAAAUUUCUUUUUACGACAGAUGAAGACUUCAUUGUUUUGAAUAAUUAAUAUGAGUAACAUGAUCUUUUUAGAUUUUUUAGACCAAAGAAAAAGGGUCCAACAAAUUUAUUUUAAUAAGCAGUACACUAUUACCUUUCCAUUAAAAAAUGACAUAUUGUAUUUUCAGAUUACAUUUAAAAAAAAAAAAAAAAAUGAAAGCUCCGACCCUUUUCAUAUCAAUACUUUUAUUCGCUGGAGUGGUGACACAGAGCGCAGACCAUGAUAUUGUCGAUACAAAUGUAGGGAAGGUGAGAGGACUUAAGGUCACGGCAGUGAACGGCAAGUCUCUUUGGUCAUUUCGUGGUAUCCGUUACGCCAUGCCUCCCGUAGGAAGACUACGCUUUGCCAAGCCAGUACCUUAUCCAAGAGCAAGUGAGUUGUACUUAUCACGGUUUUUAUUUCUUUAAAUUUUUAAUUAAAGUAAAUGAUAUAUACUUUUUCAAUAGCUUAAAUUUUCGUAUACUCUUCUUCAAAGAAUAUUGCUGAUACAAUUUUGAAGAAAAUAUAUAUGUUCAUGUUGUGCUCAUAAAUUGAGCACAGUAUAUAUCUUCAUGUUGUGCUCAUAAAUUGAGCACACAAUAUAUUUCUUCAUGUUGCGUUAAUAAUUUUUUUUUUAAAGAUCCUGGCGAUGAAAAUACGAACUCAUUUUUAUUCAACUCGAAAACUCCCAGUAUUCCUGUUAUUAAUUUAGUUGUGUAUAUUACUGUAACACUUCCGCUCGGACUUGAUGGACAUUUUGUCAAUAAUUUAAGAGCAGAAUUAUUUUUAUACUAAAACAAUUUUAUAACAAGGUACAUUUUCAUUUAAAGCUCUAUAUUACACAAAAUACACACACAGAAAAAGUUUUUUUUAAAAAAAUGCUUAGUGAAUUAAAAUAAUUAGUUAUAAGUAAAUAAAUUAAAAUAAUGCGCAAGAAAUAAUAUUCACUUACCACGUGCAAAGUAAUUUACAUGUAAACAGACCGUAUCUCAUUCGUAUCUUUCUCGCCAAAAUACCCGGCUUUUCCCAGGAUUACACGGACCCCUGUCUAACAAAACAUAUAGUCCACAGGGCGUCAUAUUAUUUGUUACGGGGAGAGGGGGGGGGGUGGCGUAUUUAAAACAAUUAACUAUUCAAUAUAUCCUUUUGACAAUUGAACAUUGAAUUGGUUAUGGCUGGUCACUUAAUCGACAUCCAUUUCAUCGUCUGACACUUUAUCGACGAAACAAUUCAAUGACAAACAAUUCGUCAGGUUCAAGGACCAUAAGAUAUCGUUUAAGUUUUCAAUUAAAAGGGGCCCUAAAAGAAUCCUUCAGAUAAAUUUGAAUCCUUAAAAGCUAACGAUUGUCUAAGAGUCCGGUCCACAAGUUGCCACUAUAGCUAUGCGCACUCCGAAUCUUUUACUCUUGAUAGGAUUUAAAAUGUGUUAAGCGGGCUGAGGGGAUCCAAGCUUGGACCGAGACCCAAACAUGCUAUUUAUUUUAUCACGCUAAUAAUGUGUGCGUUUAUUUAUUUUUUUUGUGGUUUGGAUUUGGGGAGGGGAGGGGGGAUUUUAAAUUUCUUCACGUUAAAAUUUAAGUUUAUCUUUUACUUAAAGCUUCAAUCUAUUCUGCUGAGUGCAAAAUUUUUAACUUAAAAAAGUCUUUAUAAAGAUAAAUAAGAUAGAUACUUAAGAAAACUUGAUAUUUCCAUAAGUGCCAAGUAUCUCUAAACUGUGGCACCUUUAUAAUACUUGACAUCAAUUCAAACCAGUAAGUCGUUUCAGUGGUCCCGAAGUUAAAAGCUAUAAAUAGAAAUUGAGCCCCAGAGGGCCACAGAAGUGGUCAGGACAUCAGCCUGCAUUAUAGAAGACAUGACAUUCAAAACCUUAGCUCCCUAGGUCUACAUAUUACUAUCUAACAAUAAAAAAAUACACACACACACAUAUAUAUAUAUAUAUAUAUAUAUAUAUAUAUAUAUAAACAUAGCUGAUAAGGAGUCUACAGGGUUGUGUUAGGACAAUUCGCUAAUGUAAUAGGAACAUAUCCUACCACAAGUUGAGCAAGUAGGAAAGAUUGGCCUUUGAGAUCUUAAUGGUGAGUUUAUUGCACGAGAAGAUUCGGAACAGCACAUAUAGUUCUGUUGAUAAGUGUGUUACGAACAAAGCAUUAACACAUUCUUAUUGCCCACCCUUCAAAUGCUAUUUUUAUUUGUAAUUGGCCCACGAAGAAAUUACAAGUCAAACUCUGAAAUAACAUGCAUGAUAUAUAUAUAAUCUUAUUUAUUGCAGUUAUAAUCUAAACGUUUUAAGAAAGACGGAUUAGUCACAUAUAAAUUUCAAAAGACUCACGGACAUUUUUACAGCAUGACAAAGUCUUACAAUUUCCAACAAUGAAAAAUGUUUUAAUUGAAUUUUCAGGAGACACCAUCGAUGCCAGAGAACAGCCGCCAUAUUGCAUAAGGUACCUGUCAUCAAAAUAUAAAUCAUCGGAAGAUUGCCUUUAUCUAAAUAUAUUCCUCAAAGAUAUAAACACGAAUCUGGCAGUUAAGAAGAAAGUACUCGUCUACACCCAGAGCACGGACGCGUUUCGUUACGGUAGUCUUGUCACGGACCAUGACAUCAUAAUUGUGUCCGUUCAGCACAGGGACGGCCCGUUUGGAUAUUUAGCUAUCAAAUCUGCGGGUAUCAAUGGAAACUACGGAUUAUGGGAUCAAGUUCUUGCACUCGAGUGGGUAAAAAACAACAUAGGUGCAUUUGGAGGAGACGCAGAUGAUGUCACAUUUGGUGGGUUUGAUAACGAGGGAAUUCUCGCACUGACCCCAACGACAAAAGGUUUGUUUACGAAGGUUUUCGCAAAAGAUGGGAUGAAAGGGUUUUCGGAUAAAGAAGCUGAACAAUCGGACGAGAAAAUCAUUAAUUUUGCCCAGACACUAAACUGCUGGCACGAUAAAAAUACGACUGAUUUGAACUUGGGCGAUAAACUUGACAUCAUUCAAUGCUUACGUUCUUUGCCAACGUUAGACGACUCCAAGGCGGACUACUUCAAUGAAAUUGAUGAGAAGAUGUGGCGAGGUUUUCUUCCGGUAACAGACGGCUCGUUCUUACCGAAAUCAAUUUCAGCCCUUCUCAAAGACGACAAUUACUUAGAAGACAUUGGUUUUUAUGAAAAGAAAUACUUUAUAACUAUCAGCAAUAAUAAACACGAUACAGUGGCUAAAGGUUUUUUCAAUGCAUUUCAAUCUUUUAAUGACGAGCUUUUCGAGAGCGAUGAGUUUUGGGAAGUAUUUUUUUUAAUCCAUGCAAAGAGCUUCAUUGCUGAUCACCUGAAUAUUGAGAGCGUGACAGAUGAUUUGGCGUCAGAAGUACUUAAUUGGUAUGAAACGAACUCACACGUGCUAUCAAAUUUAGCGAUGCAGACAGAUUUAAUGUUCACGAUUCCAACACAAGACAUUCUGGACACAAUAGCCCGAAGCAGAAAGACGAGUGUCUGGUUCCUGUACUUCAACCACUACCCACAAUUCCUAAAAGAGGAUUUUCGUGGAAUGAUUUUCAAUUUAGACUUGCUGUAUUUGUUCGAUAUGGAGAUUCAUGAUUUACGUCAAAAUUACGGACCAUUUAUGACUGGGGAGUUUCAAAAAGAGGAUGAUGAAUUGAAGAAACUGUUUUCUUCUAUUGUCGCAUCUUUUGUGCAAAAUGGGUAAAAACCUUUUUAGUAUUUAAAAUGAUAUAUCUUUCGAAAACAUUUAAUAUUUAUAUUUUAAUUUCAGACGCCCAAAUUUAGUUCUAGAUUUUUUAGAAAAUGUUCAGUCUGAUUUUGUGAACUAAAUUAUUUAUUAUUGAAUUUUACAAGUGAUUAAUUUAAAUAUUUUAUUUUACCGAGACUUUUUGAAAGAUUUUGCCUUUUGGUCGUCUGAGAAAAGAUUAACUAACUGUGCCAUCCAUUAUAUCUUCUUUAAAUAAAAAAAAAUUAAUGACACUAAUUUCUGAACUUAAUAUGUAUUCAUAAAUAAAAUUAAAUAUUGAACAUUUCUUCUUUUAUUCUUCCCAGGAAUCCUGAAAACCCCCUUUUAACAUCCAUACCCACGGGAUGGCCAAUCUACGACCUGGUGGGCAGGUAUUAUCUGGAUUUUAAUACCAGACCCACAGUCAAGAGAAACUGGAAAAACCAAAUUAGACAACUCUGGCAACAAGACGUACCAAAAUGGGCUUAUCGACAAAUGGAGGACAAUCAUAUUGAGCUUUAAUUUUUUUUAUUUUAACUGGAUCAACAUUUUUUCAUUAUCAUGUUCACUGAUCUAGUUGUGUAAUUUAAUGAAAACCAAAACUGAAGAAAAAAAAACGCAAUAAUUUCUUUGUUAUGUAUUUUUUAAAUUUACUAAAAUAUGAGGUGUUAAUAUCGAUGACCCAAAAAUAUCCAUUUUAAAUUCAGAUGGAUAUUUUUGACCUCGGUUGACCUGAAAAUAUUUCCAUGUACACAAAAUGGCGUCCUCUCAACUUGUUACAUCAACUUUUCUUUUAGAAAAAUUAAUGUAUAUUUUCAGAACAAAAUAUAUCAGUUGAAAAUCAAUUGUAUUUAAUUUCUGUUAUUGUUUUUUUCCUGUUAUUAUUGAUUUCAUUUAAGGAUUUGAUCUGUUUAAAGUAUUUGGCCCUAAUAUUUUGAAUUGUUUUCUAGAGAGCAAUUUUCCUGAUGCUAUUAAUGGUUUACUUCAUCUUCCACGGAUUUUUUUAUUCGCUUGUUUAAAUUAAUUUUUGAGCUAUACUAUCAAAAUUUGGUUAUGCUUUCAUAAUUAUUUAUGCUUUCAUAACUGGGUUAUGCUAUCGAAAUUCAGGGUCGUGGGAUCAUGUUAACAAAACCAACAUGCGAUCUACAGGUCUACAUUCUUUUGACUGAUGUUAUUUUCAUGUCUGGAAUAUGACACAUUGAUGAAGAUCGUAAAAGACUUCAAUCCAAAAUUGAUUUAAAAUCCGGAUGAAAUUGUUGAAAAAUAGUACGUCAUCAAUUGCAUUUUUCUUUUAAAAAGCACUUCGUGUUUAUAAAAGUCGCUGAUUUUGCUUAUAAGGUCAUUAAUAUGUUUAUAAAGUCAAUUUUAGGCUAAUGAGGUCAUUAUUAGCUCAGUUUCAAGAUAUUGGAACUGAUGGCAGCAGAAUAAAAUAUCGCUUCUACAGUUGAAUGCUAAAUGUCAAUAAAAAUUUUUUUACAAUGUAAUUGUUACAUUCAUCAUUUUGCCGCGGAAUCUAAACCAAAUAAGUGAUUAUGGAAUGUAACAUUUUUUAUAGUGAGAAGGCUUCACCGAAAUUGUAUAAAAGCGAAAAUGAUAGCAUGCAGAAUUCAAUGCGAAGUGAUGUACAUCCUUGAAAUAAAAGUAAAAGUAGACUUACCAGGUUUGAUGCCUUGGUCAGAUCUAUAUGUAAUUUUCUUUUAUUGUAAAGAAUAACUUGUAUUGAUUUUAAUACAAUUAGAUUAUUCAUAUAAAAUUCUGUUUUUUUUAAUCUCUGUGGUUCCCCGUAUGUCACAAUCUGUCGUGUCAGAUAACAUUAUCUGCAUAUACCAGAUCUAUUUCUGCUCUCUGUGUAACAAAUCAAUAGCAGGUAUUGAUUAGGUGAUAUAAAGUGCUUUAGGGCGGUAGCUUUGAAACUGUGCCGCUUAGAUGAACUGGCCUGGAACAGAUGUAAUCGUAAAAAUUAAGGUCUACCAGGAGCAAAAAAAAAAAAAAAUUUAAAUUGAAUUCUGAAUUAAAACC